GCAUCCUUUUUCGACACAGCUGGGAUGCACAAAAAAAACAACAAAAAAAAAGAACAAAUGGGGAUGAGCGGUUAAGCGGCUGACUGGCCACACUGUGGCAAACCCAAAUGAAAGUGAAGGGCAAAACGCCCUUUUAAACCCAAUUCGGAGUUACCCCGAAGGCCUCGUCCAUGUUCCCCCGAGGGCAAACGCACAAUUUUAAAGAAAAAAAGGAGCAUGGCUUGACAAACAGUCAAAAGUCGGCUAAGCCCGCUCGUCUUUUAAAGAAGGGGCACACACACACGGAUACACAAACGUGCAGACAAACAAACGCACGUAUUUACGUAUGUACCUACUUGGUCCCGCGCGUCGUCCGCUUUGCCCCACUGGAAAGGCGCCAUGCAGGACAAGGCGAGCUUCCAGAGGAACAAAUCGCGGGGCCUGAAAAACGAACUGAGUCAAGCGCAAAUUAACCAAAGAAUUAAAAACAUCAAUUUGACCAAGCGGCUAAUAUCGUAUGAGAGGUACAUCACUGCUGUUCCAAAAGAAGAGAGAAGAAAAGAUAUGAAAAAUGAUUGGCACCCCGAGACUCCGCGCAUUAACAGGAAUCUCAGCCUAUCCCAGUGGAAUAAAGAAAUGAAAAAAUGGCGGAAGCAGGUACACGCGUGGGGGAACCUGUCUGAGGAGGUCCACAAGUACAUCUGCAAUUUGCCCGCUUUGGAGAAGUAUAGUUAUUUAUCCAAGUUAAAAUUGCCUGAACUGAGUCAGGUGGAAAUUGCAAAUUUGAAAAAAAAAAACGAGGAAAUUGCAAAUAGGACGUUAAGAGAUGUUGUGCGGGCGGGAGAUGACCUCGACGAGGGCGACAAUGGUGGUGGCGAUGUGGGCGACAAUGGUGGUGGCGAUGUGGGCGACAAUGGCGGUGGUGAUGUGGGCGACUAUGGUGAUGGUGAUUGUGAAGCUGGUCGGCACGCACGUCCCCCCGGCCGCAUACUCGAUAAGCCGCUUUUUUUCUUGCCCCACAAUUUCAGCGGCACCAUAUUAAACAACAAAUUUGUUGUUAUUAAACGGGAUGCCCUAGAGGACUCCCUCCAAUCGUUGAAGAAAAAUUAUGAGGGAAAAUAUCGCCCCCUGUACGAAAGGUAUUGUGCUUUAUAUCUGACACCCAUCGGUGGUGAUAGCAACCAGGAGGAGCAAUCCCAGACGAGCGACGUUGCCGUUUUUGCCAAGGGGGCGAAAGAUGUAUCAGCUGAUGAUGUGAUGAAGACGUACCUGGAGAAGCAAAAGGGGCAGGCCUCCCAGUACCUUCGCCGAGUUGAUGUGAAGUCCCCCACUAGGAGUAGCUGCCCGGGGGAUAAAAUGAAAAAAAGGUUUUAAAUGGAAAUUAUGGGAAAAAAAAAAAAAAAAAAAAGGAAAGAAAAAGGAGUAUCUUCUGGGGAAAUGUCCCCCUUGAGGAAUGUACCCUCCAUUUUGUCUCACCCAACUGGGUGGACGUCCCAUUCGAUUAAUGUGUGUACAUAUGGGUGUGGCAAAUUGCUGCCUCCCUCCCUUACCCCUACAUCGUCGCACAUUUUGAUGAACAUAUCUACACAUUGUUUUUAUGCAGUGGAGGGGGGGUUAAUCGAUGGUGUGUCCUCCCCCCCAUGGAGUAGUCUCCACCAGGAUGAUGCAAUUUUUACAAUGUAACGAUUUUUCAAAUGGCUAUAAUCGCUUCCAUUUUGUUCAAUUCAUCGUCUUUAAAAAAAAAAGGGCCACUUAUCAGCUGACCAGUCAGGUGUAUAUUCAAAGUGGUGACGAAAAUGUACACAGUACAAAAGUGACCUCUUUACUGUGUCCUCCACUUGGUGCUGCUCAUAGAGGCAUACCUACACGCAGCGA